UGCCUGCCAGCGCAGACUGGGAGAAACUUGGCCACGGGGAGAGAGGGAGGGCCGCCAGAGGAGGUGUCAGCAUGCCGUCUGCUUUCCAGUUUCAAUGCCACUUCAUUCUCAUCUUCCUGGCAGCCUCCAAGGGGGAAACCAGAUAUCUAGAGGUGAGGGAUGCUGGUGAAGAUGAGCCCUUCCUACUCCUCAGCGAAGAUCUGAAGAGAGAGCUGUCUGCAGGGCAGAUCUACCGCCGGUCGCUCCGGUGCAUCGACAUGCUGAGUAUAGAAGGGCAGUUCACCUUCACUGCAGAGCAACCGCAGCUGCACUGCGCGACCUUCUUCAUUGGGGAGCCUGAGGAGCUCAUCACAAUAGACUACGACUUUGUAAACAUCGACUGCCAAGGGGGUGAUUUCCUGAAGGUAUUUGAUGGCUGGAUACUCAAAGGAGAGAAAUUUCCCAGUUCCUUGGACCAUCCCCUCCCCACCUCCCAAAGAUACAUAGACUUUUGUGAAAGUGGCAAUAUUCAGAGGAGCAUCAGGUCAUCACAGAAUGUGGCAAUGAUCUUCUUCAGGAUUCACCAGCCAGGCAAUGGAUUCACUGUCACGGUCAAGAAAAACGCCAACCUCUUUCCUUGCAAUGUCAUCUCUCAGACUCCUUCAGGAAGGUUCACCAUGGUCAUUCCUCAUCAGCACAGAAACUGCAGCUUCUCCAUAAUCUACCCAGUGGUGAUAAAAAUAUCUGAUCUUAUCCUGGGACAUUUAAAUGGCCUCUUUUUAAAGAAACCAUCAGCAGGCUGUGCAGGAGUAGGAGAUUUUGUAGAGCUGCUAGGAGGAACUGGCUUAGACCCAUCCAAGAUGUUUCCUCUAGCUGAUCUCUGUCACUCCUUUCAUGGGUCUGCCCAAAUGAAGAUUGGCUGUGACAAUACCGUGCUGCGAAUGGUCUCCAGCGGCAAACACAUCAACCGUGUGACAUUUGAGUAUCAUCAACUUGAUCUGCAGGAAACAGAAAACAGGAAGGAGAACAGCAUUGAGGAAUUCUGCUUUCCUAGUAUCUGAGAAACCAGGCCACACAUUUGCACAUAGCUAAUGAAAAUAUGGUUCUGGUGAACUAAAAAAAUGUA